AUGACAAAAGUGACACCAACUCGGAAAUGUCAAUGUCAGCAGGUGGAAUUGCAGCGUCCAACGCAAUCUGAAAAGUUGAUUUUUGAUCAACUUUAUCGUGUGUCUUCCCUUCUGAAUAUGGAGAUGACUCACUGGAAUGUGUUCUCUUUUGUGUUUUGGGGCACAAACAGCAUCGCGGAGUCACCACUGAUGUGUGAGGUUUCGACCCCGGAGCAGGGCGGCGCCAGCGGCAGCUCCGGAAGCAGCCUGGGGAGCUCCGUCACCGCCUGUAAGAAGGUUCUUCGCAGUAAUAGCCUGCUCGAGUCCACAGACUACUGGUUGCAGAAUCAGAGGACACCCUGCCAGAUUGGUUUUGUGGAGGACAAAUCCGAAAACCCAAUUUGCGCUUCCGUCUGCUUUGUGAACCUAGACGUGAACAAGGAUGAGUGCAGCACGGAGCACCUGCAGCAGAGAUUGGUCAACGUAUCACCAGAUCUCCCAAAACUUAUCAACUCCAUGAAUGUUCAACAGCCAAAAGAAAAUGAAAUUGUCCUCCUAAGUGGGUUAACAUCUGGAAAUCUCCAAACAGACUUUGAAGUUUCUCAGUGUCCUUGGCUGCCAGAUAUCUGCUUGGUCCAGUGUGCGAGGGGGAACAGACCAAACAGUACCAACUGCAUCAUCUUCGAAAUCAACAAAUUUUUGAUUGGUCUGGAACUGGUGCAGGAGCGGCAGCUCACCCUGGAGGCAAGCGUCUCGAAAGUGGAGGAUGACACAAACUGUUCCUUGUCUUCAAUCGAGGACGACUUUCUCACCGCAUCUGAGCACCUGGAGGAGGACAGCGAGGUGGAAGAACACAUGAACGGUUAUGAAAAUUUAAAUGUUUCAGCCCAUGUUAUGGAAAGUAAAAAGCCAAAGGAAACCACCCAGGAGGAGUGGAAUUACAAUAAGGAAAAGUCACUUUAUACUUUGGAAGACAAAUACGUUAGCAAAUAUCAUACAUCGUUGAUUAAAGCAGAAGGAUCCCUGGAAAAAGUAGCAGAAGACACAACUUUGCAGAGUCUAGAUCCAUCAGCCAAGCCAUCGGAGUGGAAAGGUGAAGCUGUGGGGAAUGAGAGUUUGGCCACAAAUUAUUAUUAUUCAGAAAACUUUAAAGGUCAAGUGGAAAAAUUACAGGCACUAUACAUUCCAAGCAAUGCUUAUUUCUCCAGGAUGUUUAAGAAAGAUGGGCCUUCUGCCUGUGGUACUGUCACUGAGCACGGCAGCUACUUAGAGCCAGGAGACCAUGAAGAUGGAACAAACCCUCUUCUUCCCAUACAAGAAGGAGAAGCCACAACCGGCGAGUAUGCUACAACCUUAGCAGAAUCCGUGCUGCAAGAUGCAUUUCUUAGAUUAUCUCAGUCUCGGCCUACUCCGCCCCGGGAAUCUGCAGUGGGUGUUUCUGCAGGAAGUGCUCCACUCCCCAGAGGCUGUUCCACAGAAGAUGCCAUGGUCCCUCGAUCGUGGAAUGAACUCCCCAGGAUUGUCGUUGUUCAGAGUCCAGACGGCAGUGACGCUGCCCCUGAGCCAGGCAUCUCCUCGUGGCCUGAGAUGAAAGUCUCUGUUGAGACCUCAGGUGUCGCCUCUGGGGAGAACUCCCAAAGACACCCCCAGAGUGCUCUAGAAGUGGCGUUAGCUUGCGCGGCCACUGUGAUUGGAACUAUUUCCAGUCCACAGGCCACAGAAAGACUGAAAAUGGAGCAAGAGUCCCUGGUUUCCAAAGGUCCGCUGGGAGGCAGUGAACCACUACAGACUCAAGCGCCCCCGGUACCCACGGAACAUUCCAUCAGUGAGUACUCAUUCCCAUCUGCUUUGUGCGGCUUGACUCAGGUGGCGAGUGCCGUGGCUGUCUGUGGCCUGAGUGAGACAGCGGAGGUGAAGUACCCUGGUCAGUUGAGUGGCCUCUUGUCUGCAGCCGAGUCUGCCACAGCAGUCCCCGCACUUUGUAACUUAGUGGCAGGCGGGGACAUGGAGCUGGGAAAUGAAGCCAUUGCAGAAGCGUUGCUCAAGGAGGCCGCUCUGGUUUUAACAAGGCCAAAUACGUACAGCAGCAUGGGAGACCUCAUGGAAUCAGUGACUAGGAGAAUCAUGGACACUGCUUCACAGCCCCAGAGCCUGUGCUCAGAAAAUGUCCUCGGAAUGGAAUUGGCACAGGCCCUGUCCAGUGUGGUCCUGAAGCAUUCCAUCGAUGAAGUCCACCAAAAAAAUAAAAUAAUCGACUCCCACAAUGGCAGACCUUCCUCUGAAACGCUGGACGCUGUGAUGGAAAGUAUAAAUCGACUGCUCUUCAGUGUGAUAUGCUUCACGUUCAGGAAGAUGAGCCAUCUUGUACAGCUCGGUGAAUGUCCCACCAUCCUUUCUAAGGACACUGUUGGAUGGAAGGAAACAGAACCGGGCUGUCAGCCAGCUGAUAGGGCUGCUAGUCAAGCGUGGACAAAAGCCGCUGAACACUCCAGUAGCCGUCCACCUGGCAAUCCACGUAGCACUGGUCUCGUUAUCAACGAUCUCAUCGACGACGUGCAUCCAAAGCAAGACAGCAAGGGUCUAGCGAAGCCAGGCCUCUGCCAGAACCCCACACUGCAGUCCGAAUUGUCAUGUAGUCCCAGAGUGCCUGGUUUUCCGACUGCUAAAACAUCCCCCAAGGGACUAUAUCAGAAAGGAACCAUGGGAAAGGAUACAAAAAUCCCUCAUCGGAGGCCCAGUCACAAUGAGAAUGAAUGCAGAUUCUCGUCAGAGGGGAAAAGGACACCAACAGUCACCAAGCACAGUUCCUGGGAUGCUGAGGACAGCUUCAGUCCAAACACCCAAGAAAAGUGCAGUCGUGCCUCACCGCUAAACAAUGAAGUUCAAGUUGAUCUGUCUUUGUUAGGGAGUGACCUGCCGCUUCCUGCUCAAUCCAUGCUGCGGGCAAAACACACAGAUCUUUACUGCAUUACAGACUUUGCGGAAGAAUUAGCAGAGACGAUUGUCUCCAUGGCAACUGAAAUCGCAGCAAUUUGCCUUGACAACUCAAAAGGAAAGCAGCCCUGGUUUUGCGCGUGGAAAAGAGGGAAUGAGUUUCUGGUUACCCCCAACAUAUCCUGUCGAUCCUUGAAGAGGAAGAAGGACAGCCAGGCCAGUGGGGCCACCGUGAGGAAACACAAGCCACCACGGCUCAGCGAGAUCAAGAGGAAAACGGAUGAGCACCCAGAGCUCAAAGAGAAGCUGAUGAACAGGGUCGUGGACGAGUCCAUGAACCUUGAGGACAUCCCAGAUUCUGUCAGUAUUUUUGCAAACGAAGUGGCAGCCAAGAUCAUGAACCUGACAGAGUUUUCCAUGGUGGACGGCGUCUGGCAAGCCCAGAGCUUUCCCCGGAAUCGUUUACACAGCGGGGACAGGUGGAACCGGCUGAAGGCCUCCAGCUGUGAAAGCAUUGCAGAGGAGGACAUGAGCGUCAGGGCCUCUGUCAACAGCCUGGGUUUAAUGAGCACCCUGAGUCAGCCUGUUAGCAGGGACAGCUCUGUCUCCAAGCAGUCGAGCUGUGAGAGCAUCACCGAUGAGUUUUCCAGGUUCAUGGUGAACCAGAUGGAGAACGAAGGAAGAGGAUUUGAGUUACUGCUGGAUUACUACGCGGGCAAGAAUGCCAGCAGCAUUCUGAACUCAGCUAUGCAGCAGGCCUGCAGGAAGAAUGACCACCUCAGUGUGAGACCAAGCUGUCCCUCUAAGCAGUCCAGCACCGAGAGCAUAACCGAGGAGUUCUAUAGGUACAUGCUGAGGGACGCUGAAAGAGAGAGCAGAGACAGCACCUCUUCCAGGCGAAGCAGCCAGGAUUGGACGGCGGGCUUACUGUCGCCUUCUCUGCGAUCCCCUUUCUGUUAUAGACAGUCGUCCAUGCCAGAUAGCAGGUCCCUGGGCCCCAGGCUGACGGUGAAUGCGCCACUCAAAGCCAACUCCUUAGAUGGCUUUGCUCAAAACAGCCAGCGAGAUUUCCUGAGCGUCCAGCCGGUCGGUAGUGCUUCCUCCUCUGGGCUGUGCAAAUCCGAUUCUUGCUUGUAUUGGAGAGGUGGAACUGAUCAGAUCACAAGCAUGCUGAUUCAUGAGACGUGGGCAAACUCGAUCGAAGCCCUCAUGCGGAAGAACAAAAUUAUAACGGAUGAUGGCCAGGCAGCAGAUGCUGCCCCUGGUGACUCCCCGUCACAAGUAGAUAAGUGUGCACACAGAUUAGCUUCAAGCAGAGUGCAAAGCGGGCCAAUUCUUCUUGUCCAGGAGUCUGUUGAGUACCCGAGGAGAGACUCUGUUACCGAAAACCAACAUCCCCCAGUAUUGGCUCCAAGCAGAUCUGCUUCUCUUACAAACCACAACGGUUUAGAUUCUAAAAACGAAACUUCCUUGUGCCAUGAUGGCGUCCCUCCAAACCACAGGGGGCGAUCACUUUGUUCAAGGGAAGUGCCUUUAAUUCAGAUUGAAACAGAUCAGAGAGAAGAGUGCGUCGGCGAACCUGAACAUGUCCUUUCUGAAGGCAGCCCCCUAGAGGAAACAGAACAGCAUUUGAAAGAAGAAAAAGUCCCAGAUGUGGUGAGGGGUGAAGACACUGCUCAGACAGUCUGCCAAAACCGUAGUGACAGCCUUGAUGCCGGAGCUGUACCAGAGGCUGACGUCUCAACAGAAGACAGAGCCACUGAUGAGGUCCCCAACCCUCCCGGCAGCAGUGGGGAGAGCACGGACAGCUGGUCCCAGCUCGCCAAUGAGGAAGACAACCCAGACGAUACAAGUAGCUUUCUGCAGCUCAGUGAACGAUCCAUGAGCAAUGGCGACAGUAGCGCCACUAGCAGUAUUGGCAUUACGGACCCGGACAUUUAUCAGGGAAGCAUGCCAUCUUCUCCCAUGAUUCAUGAAUUAGUAGAAGAAAAGGAAAUUCUUCACGGGCAGCCAGAACACAUAGAGGAAGGUGUCUCCCAACUGCCAGCAGGAGCAGCCGGUGAUCGCCAGGGGAGCCUGCUGGUGAUCAACUUUGACCUGGAGCCCGGAUGUCCCGACGCUGAGCUUCGAGCCACUCUGCAGUGGAUAGCUGCCUCUGAACUUGGCAUCCCCACCAUCUACUUUAAGAAAUCUCAGGAAAGCAGAAUUGAAAAGUUUCUAGAUGUCGUGCGGCUGGUUCAUCAGAAGUCCUGGAAAGUGGGAGAUAUCUUUCAUGCCGUUGUUCAGUACUGCAAAAUGCACGAGGAGCAGAAAGAUGGAACUCCAAGUCUCUUCGAUUGGCUGCUGGAACUGGGCUAA